CGAACACGCUUCUUAUCUGGGUAUGUUGAUGGCACAAUUUUCGCGUCUUGGCACGUGCGCGCCUGUCAGAUCUCAAUUUGGAUUCCAGGGUCUUACUGGACGCUGGACACGUCGGAAGGCUACGGCUUGCAUUCCAAUGAAGCAUAUGCGUAGUCACAUAUGCCUGAAUAUCUGGUUGCUAGGAUGCCGCUAUCAGCCCAAACACCGGCCAAUGCUCGUUUCGCUCCCGAUAAUCGUCUCCACCUAUUUGGGACAGGUCACAGUCUUCCAGAGUCCUCCUUCGAGCUGUAUAAAGCAUUCACUAUUGCCGCCACUGAUAUCACCGCUCACAAACACAAAACAACAGCGUACGCAGCAGUGGCAGCGAAGACUUCUGCUCGUCCUGCGUUCGUGCAAAGCCUCACACUUCAGUGCAAACAUCAAUGUGUAUACGGCUAUGAGCUCUAGCUUUGCGUUUGGGUUGCUCAUGAUCGCGCCGAUCAGCAAGACUGCAGCAAGCGCCAUGCUUAUGGCAGCCACAACCUGUGCUACAAGUGUGUCAUUGUAUACGUUUGACCUAUCGAGUUCCUCGCUUGGCGAAUGUUUGGUGAAGAGCCAGUGGUUUCUCAGCGAACGAGACAGGUAAUCUUGAUUUGAAGGCUUCUGAGGAGCAACGAGGUCUUUUGUGUCUUCCAGAAACUUGCUUGCGCGACCAAAUAUCAGCUUCCUCGAGGAGAUAGGCAUAUUCUCGAUUGCGGAUUUGUUAAGGUAGUCAGUGUAGGUAGUCAAGAUUCGUUGGCUGGGUUUACCGAGUUGGGCGACUCAAGC